CCACCCUUCCCACCCUAACCGGCCAAAUCGAAGACGACGAAGACACCAAGGGUCACUGCUUCGAAUUCGACGCCAUGAACCAAAACCCAUCCUACGCCCGCCGCAUCGCCCCGGUCCCCUUCGAUCCAUCUCUCCUCCCUAACGGCUCCCGCUCCCUAACCUCUAUCAGCUUGCAAUCCUUCUGCCUCGGCUUCAUCCUCGCCUUUUGCCUCAUGGUCGCUGGACUCUGGAUCGCUAUAGCGUUUCCCGGCUGGCAACUACCCGCCUUCGCGGCGUGUCUGUGCGUGUUUCACUUCUUGGAGUUCUACAUUACGGCCAAGUAUAACCUCCCUGCCGUGAGGGCGAGCAGCUUUUUACUGUUCAACAAUGGCACGGCGUAUAACGUUGCGCAUACUUGUGCUAUGAUGGAGAUUCUGUGGUGGAGCUACGUAAUGCCGGAGCAUAGGAUCUGGUUCUGGUUCGGCUAUCACCCUCCACCACCGGCUGCGAUAUUCGGGCUGACGUACGGGGCACUCUUUGGGCUGUGCUUGGUCGGGCUGGGUCAGACUGUGCGAUCAGUGGCGAUGGCGCAGGCGGGUACGAACUUCAAUCACACGCCUGUGCAGCAUCGGAAGGAAGGGCAUGUGUUGGUGACGAAGGGGGUGUAUGCGUGGUCACGACAUCCGAGUUACUUCGGCUUCUUCUGGUGGGCUUUGGGCACGCAGUUGCUGGUGGGCAAUAAGGUGUGUCUGCUUGGGUAUGCUGCGGCGCUCUGGCGCUUCUUCUAUGUAAGAAUACAAGCUGAAGAAAGAACGCUGACCGAGUUCUUCGGUGAUGACUAUCGCCAAUAUCGCAAGCGGGUAGGCGUCCAUAUUCCGUUUAUCAGAUGAAGUGGUCGAGUUCUCAAUCGGCAAUCGCCGAAUAAUCACUGAGCGCUGGUAUUGCCACUUUCCGUGGUGGCACACAUGUCACGCUUUAGUCGGCGUCAUCAGCUUCGUUCACCUGUUGAAGAGCACUUAUAGCGCAGUAGAAGGCGAACGCGACCUUGGACACGUCGCCCUUACGCCUCUGUCUCAUUUCCCUGACAGCUGCAAAAGCGGAUCGGGUGAGAGUCUUGAAUUGCUCGAUCAUUGAAUGAGUGAUCACAGCGUCCUCACGUAGAGCUGGGCAAAGCUCCGGCAAUUCGCAAUGGACCAAGAGCCAAUUCCAGAGGUGGUCCACGUCAACCGAGCCGUCGCAAACGGCGCACUCUUCGCUGUCACAUAACUGAGGCCCAAAGUCAGCCAUAACUUGAAUUAAUGCGACAUCAACUGAAAUCGUCAUGCUCACCUUGCAUUCGAGUCUCCCCUUCUUACCCUUGGCAGUGUAAAGUUGGA